GAGGCACCACAUGAUUCCACGUGUAACGAAAUUAUCAGCACUGCAAUAGAAAUAGGGGGGGAUCCUAUAUAUAGUGUAUUCCCACAUUCCUCUUUGGGUAUUGUGGCUCCUUCUAUUGCCCAAAGAAUCUGCCUGUCGUUGCUUUAGGUUAAAUCAAUCAAAUAGAAAGAGCAGUAAAAAGAAAAUAAACACACUCACCGAAAAGCAGAGAACAAAAAGAGAGAUAUGGAUGAGAAUAAAGCAUUGAAUUCCAGCAGGUUCAAAAGGGUUUGCGUCUUUUGCGGAAGCAGCUCCGGCAAGCGAAACUGCUACAGUGAUGCUGCCCUAGAACUGGGAAAAGAGCUGGUGUCCCGGAAGUUGGAUCUUGUUUAUGGCGGAGGAAGCGUCGGGUUGAUGGGUUUGGUCUCUCAGGAGGUCCACCGUGGUGGAGGACAUGUUUUAGGUAUUAUCCCCAAAACUCUGAUGAACAAAGAGAUAACAGGGGAAACAGUAGGAGAGGUCAAAGCUGUUGCGGAUAUGCACCAAAGGAAAGCUGAGAUGGCACGCCAUUCUGACUGUUUUAUCGCCUUACCAGGUGGAUAUGGAACUCUUGAAGAGUUACUAGAAGUCAUAACAUGGGCCCAGCUGGGAAUCCACGACAAGCCUGUUGGCUUGGUUAACGUGGAUGGCUACUAUAAUUAUCUGCUCAGCUUCUUAGACAAAGCCGUGGAUGAUGGCUUCAUUAAGCCCACCCAACGUAGUAUCAUUGUCUCUGCUCCAACUGCAAGAGAACUUGUCCAAAAACUUGAGUGUUUUGUUUGAAUAUAUAUAGGAGUACGUGCCAAUUCAUGAUGGAGUUGUUUCUAAGGUAAGGUGGGAGGCUGAACAAUUGGAGCUCAACUCAUCUUUGCAAACUGAAAUUGCUCGUUAAUUAAAGGACGACAAAGGUCUCUCUUUCAAUUUUUUUUUUAAUUAUUAUUUACGAUUUAGUGAAUCUGCAAAUGUAAGUAAGCAUUUAGGUAGGGUUUAUAUCCUUUCAAAUUUUGCUUCUACUGUAUUACUCUCAGGGAUAGAAAGGAGAAAAAUCCAUGGGAUGAAUAAUAAAUUAAUCAAAAUUCCUUGCGCUGGUCCAUGGCUAUUGGUAAUUUUCAUUCAUUGCCAUUUGCUGCUUCCUUUGUAAAAGUUGCCAGGAAAUGAACACCAAGGAAAAACCAAAAAAUAAUUGAAUUAUUGAAAAACAGCUUUUUUA